AUGAGACAGAUAGACAUUCAGAUAGCUCAGACUGCUGAGAGUGUCAAGAGGCAACAAGGUACUCUACUUGGUAAAACAGACAAAAACCCCAAGGAGUGCAAUGCGGUUCAGCUAAUGAGCGGGAAGCAACUUUUCGAGCCAGAAAGGAGGAGGUUCACCGCGGCUGAGAAAGGGAAGCAGAAAGAGUCGAAACAACUGCCAGCCGAUCAGGCAGAUGAGAGGAAUAAAGAACCAGCACUUGAAACAAGUUCGCCAGGGCCAGAACAACCAGCUGAAGCGGUGCGCCCAAUCCCAGAGGCUGUUCCUCCUCGCGAAUACAUUCCUAAGGUCCCUUACCCUGUUCCAGCAAGGGCCACUCGUAAGUACAAAGAGGAAAUGAAGUGCAUGAAGAUGCUGGAGGACCUAACCGUUUCCAAGGAGUGCAGCGCAGUGCUUCAGAACAGGCAGAUAAAGAAGCGAGGAGACCCCGGCAAAUUUUUCCUCUCUAUCCAGAUUGGGAAGACAGUUUUUGCAUGCUCCUUAGUUGACCUUGGGUCCAGCGUGAAUCUCAUGCCUUACUCUGUGGCUCGACGUCUAGGAUACACGCAUUUCAAACCAACUAAGAUGUCAUUGGUGUUCGCAGAUAGAUCAGUCAAAUCCCUGGUUGGUAUUCUAGAGAAUCUCCAAGUAAAGGUCGGGAUCACCUCUGUUCCAGCAGACUUCGUUGUUCUAGAACUGGAAGAAGAGUCUAAAGAUCCUCUCAUCUUGGGAAGACCAUUCUUAUGUACUAUUGGAGCCAUCAUUGAUGUGCGACAGGGGAAGAUUGAUUUGAAUCUUGGAGACAUAGUUAUGCAGUUCGAGAUGGAUGAGUUGCUAAAGAAGCCGAUGUUGGAUGGGCAGACCUUUGAGGUUGAUGAAGAGAUUGAUCCGCUCCAACCUCGAGAAGGAAUGAUCGAGGAGAUUCUUACCGAAGACCCACUGGAGCUUGCACUAGUGCGAGCCGAGGCCGAGCAGAGUGUCGUUAACAUUGAUGCAGAUGGGUAUGCCAAGAUGCUUGACUCCGCAAGGAGUAUGGGAAGAAUGGUAGCAAGUUUAAGUCUGGGGGAGGAGAGCAACAGGGUCGAAACCACUCCAUCUAGAGCGACCCCUACACCAAACUCGUCUGUUCUGUCGAACCAACCAGAGGAUCCCUGGAGCGAGCUUAAAGCUCCCAAGAUUGAGCUAAUACCCCUUCCCUAG